UCAAACAUUUGCCCAACUUGUCCACCUCUUCACUGCACAUUCUCCAACCCUGGAAUGUUUUCAUGUUUGUCCUUCUUUGGAGAAGCGUCGAGGCGAGGGAUAUCUGUUUUGCAUUUCAUUCGUGCUGCUUUUCGGGGCUAAUUACACACUUUCACACACGCACGCACACACGUUGCGUGUAGGAGUGGAAGCGCUCUUGGGAAAGUAGCAGAUUCUCUCCUGCUUUCUUCUUUCCUCGACAUUGGAUUUCUAUGAUGCCGUGGACCUUUGAAAGAAGAGCGACAUGUGUAUGUUUAGUUAGAAAGUCCUUAAAAAGUUGAUUUUUUAAAAAUUGCAAAGCAGUUGAGCGACUGGCGACAGGAUUUUAUAAUCAAUGUGGAGUCAGCUGGAAGGACGCGGGGUCCGGAUCUCACCUCAACGCUGAUACGUCUUGGGAGUGAUGCACUGGCUUCCCCUGGUUGCCAUGGUGAUUGCCUCGGCUCUGCCCUUCCCUCACAAGCUCGUGUCCAGGAGCGCCGCCGCUGCCGCCAGUGUGGAGCCCGGCUUCAGAGACCGCCGCGAGCGGCGUCGCCAAGCGGACGACAACUUCCAAGGAAAUGCCUCGCUAAAGGACUACGACGACAACGACAUGGCCGCCACCCUCGGCCAGGAACACCUCAACAACCUCACAACUUUGGUCCGGACCUUCUCGCCUGACAGCAGCGUCAGUUUGGACGUUCCUGAGAGGAGAUCUCUCCCAAAGAACUUCACAGCUGAGCGCAGCAGCCGAGAAGACCGCCUCAGUCUGGGGGACGGUUUUCGGGACUCGAGACCCACACCAGCUUCUGUGCUAGAAACCCAAAUAGGCGAGAGUCCUGCUGCUGGUCUGAGGAGUUCCAGACAAGCAGAGCCAACUGUUCCGUCAACGAAGGGCGCCACAUCGAUGCCCCCGGUUGAGGGCACCCUGGAGGCGGGACCGGGAACUGCACUGGACACCAUCCUGGAAGGCGACGACAUGUUUUUGGACGCACACCCACGAGUCCUGUUCUCAGCCUCUGCGUCGCCGCCGGCGCACCCCCCUCUGCUCCUCAUGCUGGAGACCGGCCUGCUGGAGGAGGACACGGACGAACCGGAGGACCUGGACCGACACAUCGAGGGUCACGGGGAUCGAGCGAUCGACAGGAGCCCGGGUUGGGCCAAUGCGUCGGCAUUGCCGGCCGAUGCGGCCCGCCCUGUCAGGAGGGACAAGCGCUCGCAUUUGACUGACAGGCGGCGUGGCGAGAAGUCCGUGUGUGAGUCAGAAAGCGUGUGGGUCACCGACAAGAAGACCGCCAUCGACUCGCACGGCCAGACGGUCACCAUCUUGCAGGAGAUCCAGACCCAGACGGGACCGAUCAAACAGUACUUCUAUGAGACGCGGUGCCGCCAGGCCGAGCAGCAGAGCCCUGCCGGGCGCCCGCCGGGUUCCAGGGGGCCGCCCUCCAAGCCCACGGGCGUGGCCGGCGCCGGCUGCUUGGGCGUGGACAAGAAGCAGUGGGUGAGCGAGUGCAAGGCCAAGCAGUCGUUUGUGCGUGCGCUCACUAAGGACGCCAACAACAGGACGGGAUGGAGGUGGAUCCGCAUCAACUCGUCUUGCGUGUGCGUGCUGCUGUCCAGAGCCAAUCAGAUACUGGGGAGGGAGGUCUUGGCAAGGAGGGGGCGGGGCUAAAGAAACAAAAACCUCAAAGACCUCAGACUUUUUUUUUUUUAAAAUACGAUUUAUCUUUCACCAUCUAAGUUAUUAGUAUGUAAGCAUGAUAUUAAUAUAUUCCUACAUGUACGACAUGACCCCAGUACACGUGUAUGUAUGCUUGUAUAUUUAUAGAGGAGUGACGCCUCCUACUGAGGCUCCACGGUAGUGCUCCAUGAAUGUUGUAGAAGGGAGCAUGUUUUUAGAUUCCAGCUGAUAAAGUGUGGGCUCAAAGUGGCUGAGGAUGCAAUGAAUGUUGACAUCAGCAAGUUUGAGCAUCCCACCAAGCGUGCAAAUAAAGGAUCUUUGUACGUAGUAGACAGUGCUUGAUAGCUCCAUCAGUGUGUGUUGGUGUCUGUUAGCGAUCCAAUUUAGGAAUGCAUGUGGAUUAACACACAG